AUGUAUGGAUAUAAUCAAGGUGGUUAUGGUGGAUAUGGUUCGUCAUAUACUGCUAACGCUGUAGCGUCUGCUUAUGGUGGCUUAGGUCAAGCUGCUGCUAAUCAAUCUCCGAAUUUGCCAAGCAAUGUCUUCAGUUCUUCCACAUCAUAUGGUAAUUAUGGGAAUUCCGUAGCCGCAGCGUAUGGGUAUAAUCAACAGUCUUCCAAUGCUGCUUCAAAUGCUGCUCAAGCGUUCGCAGCCCAAGCUGUACAGCAGCAGGCCAGUCGAAUGUUUGAUGCUUACACAGCAGCGGCCUCUUUGAAUCCCAGCCAAUAUUCUCCGUUUGGAUCUGGGAAAGCUUAUGCACAAGGAUCUAAUACCACUGGUGUCAGUGGCUAUAUGAGAAAUGCUACCAAUAACCCUCUUGUUAAACCUUCUCUUACUUCUGCCCUUUCCUCUGUUGCGCAAAAAAAUACUAAUAACUAUUCGGGUUAUGAUGCAGCUGUUUAUGCUGCAGCAUCUAAUUUUCUUCAAUCACAGGCCACUGGUGGUGCUCCGAUGUGGAUGCAUAAGAAGCCUAACAGGAAUGGUCGCGGGCCCAACCAUGUUCCAGGGUUCCCCCAUAAAAGAUUUGGAGCUGGAACUCAAAACCGAGAGACUCAACAGUUUUAUUGCGAUACAUGUAAAAUUUCUUGCGCUGGUCAGUUGACUUAUAAAGAGCAUCUGGAGGGCCAGCGUCACAAGAAAAAGGAAGCACUAGCAAAAGGGGAAAACAAUCAAAGUCUUCCGAAAAGCAAAGUGUCAUUCCGAUGUGAUUUGUGUAAUGUGACAUGCACUGGACAGGACACCUACAAUGCCCACGUGCGGGGAACAAAACAUCAAAAAACCCUGGCGCUUUGCAAAAAACUUGGCAAGCCGAUCCCAACACAGGAGCUCACGAUCAUUGCUCCAUCUGAAUUGGGUGGAAUCAUUCCUCCACCUCCUCCGGCUCAAUCUAACGGGUCUUCGACCGAAACUAGAGCAUCUAUUCUGCCCGGCAAAGAAGCUAUAGUAACUGCAGUUAGAGCUCAACCCGAAGAGUUACAGGCUUUGAUUGCUGCUGAACAGAACGUUCUUCCUGUUGGAGAGGAGUUCAUUGAUGCUCAAAGAGAUAGUACGGGAAAACUAGUCCAGUAUUUCUGUAGUUUGUGUGAGUGCAAGUUCAGUGAUCCUAAUGCCAAAGAGAUACAUCUUAAAGGAAGACGACAUCGUCUACAAUACAAAAUCAAGGUGGAUCCCAAUAUUGAAGUUGAAAUCAAACCUCAACAGAGCAGAGGGCGUAAUAACAAAUUCGCUGCUGGACCAGUAGUGCGACCAAAAGGGUCGUGGUACGGAAAUGUUCGUGGACCCUUCCCCAGCAACGUUCCGUUCGAUAGAAAGUUUGAUAGCUCGGAUGAUCGUCAUGUGUUAGCCAAGGAGAAAAGCAUUUGCUGUAGUGAAGAGGACAAAGCAAGAAUUGAAAACUUCGUUCUGAAUGUGGAAAAAUCGCUAAAAGCUGUUUCGGACAUUUUCAACGAGCGUGAUGAACUUGAAAAACCCGCAGUAGCAGAAGAAGGCGUCGAGGAGAAAGAGAAGGAUAGGCUCCUAAUGGGAGUAAUGAGAGUAGGACUGCUUUCAAACGACUUAUUGCUUAAGAGCGAUGAUGAAGUUGAAUUAGCUGUUCUUUGUUCGAGAAUUCCAACAGAGCAACUAUUGAAAGAAGUUGCUGAACUUGCUGUUCAAAGCUUUAGAGAAAUAAUGGAACCUUACGAUGUGCAAGAAGAUGUAAACAAGUCGGCGAUAAUUGUUUGUAAAUCAGAUUCAAAGAUGAAAUGUCGAGUAGUUUUGACCUCAAAAGCAUUCAGGGAAGGAGACUUGACCGAGUUGCCUCCCGACUCCCUCAACAAGGAUUACUGUCUACAGGCGCUAGCCAACCAAAGACGUACCAAAUGGUUCCAGUCUCGCUGCUCCAAUCUCCAAUCAUGUGUCACUAGCAUUCGCAUAUUGAGAGAUUUACGAAGAAAGAACAAGGAUCUGAGUUUCUUAACCGACUGGAUUUGCGAGCUCUUAGUUGAGAAUAUUCUCUCAUGUGCUCUCGUACCUCUGUCACCUGGAGACGCGCUCCGUAGAGUGUUAGAAGCUGUCGCAGGAGGAAUUAUCCUUCCAUGUGGACCAGGUCUUCUCGACCCUUGUGAAAAGGAAAAGACAGAUGCUGUAAAUGGCCUGACAUACGUUGAGCGUGAUAGCAUUACUUCAUUCUGCCAAAACUCAUUGCGAUUGCUUGCAUUUAAUCAGAUUCAUAAGGUACUAGAGAUGGAACGAUUACCUGAUGUACGUCCUCCUUUGAUGGAUCGUAAGAGACCAUUGGACAACGACAAAAAGGAAGAAGACAUCAAAAAAGACAAGAAGGCUGAAGUGAAGGAAGAGGAGAUUGAGGUGAAGAUGGAAGUCAAUUGA